AAAACCGAUACAUUUUCUCAAUUCUUGUUUUAAAACAUUUUUAAUUUACAGAUUAAGCUAAUUUAGUGUUAUACUUUUUUUAUCUUUAUUUUCAAGAUCUACAUUUUUUCUUAUACUUUAAUAGUAAUGAACUCAGUUUAUAACUAAUAAAAUUUACUGAUCGCAAAGUUAUAUUUAGUUCAAAGCCGCGAAGUAAUAAACUACAACCAUGAUCAACGGUCAAAAAAAAUUUUCAACUAUCCGUCCAAUUAAAAAACGAGAUCUAAAAAAGCUACUUCAUAAAAAUUCAUCGAAUGUUAAAAAAGAAUUAAAAGCCAUAGGAAAUAAGGCAUUAGAUAGAAAAGAAGAAUUUGAAAGAUGUAUAGAAAAUUUGGAUGAACGUAGUAGUACAAUAAGUAAUUCAUUUGGAAGUGUAAUUCAUGCUGGUGGAGUUGUAGCAAGGCUAGGAAGCCCCAAUUUAAAAAGAAGUGCAAGUCCCACUAUACCUAAGGUAGGAAGCCCACAUAAUAAUCGAAUAGGGAGCCCGAAUGUACAUAAAAAUUCGAAAGAGAAAGGAUCCAAGAAAAAAGGAGCUAGUAUUAAAGUAAAAACCGAAGAUUCAGAUUUUGAUGACCUAUAUGAUCCUAGACCUCAGAGAAAAGAGUCUUCAAAGACUAGCUCCGGUACACAUAGGAAGAAAAAGAUACUAAAAAGAAGCACACUAAGCGAAGAUGAUAGCGAUUUCUCAGAUUUCGAAAAAGUGAAAGGUUCAAGAACUUCGACACCAAAUCGUACUGCCCAAAAUAAGACUUUGAAGUCAGGAAAUGCAGGGUCCUUUAAAAAGAGAAAACGUAGUACUUCAGAAGUUACGAAUGCGGCAACGGAUGAUACACCCGUUGUCAAAUCAAAUGUGGCGAUCAAGACAUUUUAUGACUACGUUGAACCUUAUGUUAGAGAUUUUAAAGAUGAAGAUGUACAAUUCUUGGAAGCAAAGGGAGACGAUAUAACGCCUUACGAAAUUCCGAAACUUGGAAGACACUACGUAGAAGUUUGGGCUGAAGAAGAACGUAACCUUCUUCCUCAGACACCGGAUGAACUAGAAUCGCGCCGAGAUGAUCAUAUGGAUAUCGAUGGACCUCCAAAGUCCCAUGAUGGUGAUGAUGAACAACGAUCUGCUAAUUUCAUAGUCGACCGUUUAUUAGCAGCUUUUCUUGAAUAUCCGGAAGCCUCAAAUUUCAUAAAUCAACCUGAUGAGUCACAAGUAAAUGGUCAGAAUGGACAUUACGAAAGGGUUGAAAUGGACCGAGAUAAAUCCAUGGACGAUCGACUCAAAAGAGAGCUUCAAGCAUUGGAUUUAAUGGAUGAAAACGAUGUGCAAUGGGACGAACGAGAAGACGAUGAAAUAAGCAUUAAAUUGCGAGAAUUGCAAGCAAAACUCCGUGAACAAAGCAAACGGAACAAUUAUCGUAAACAGAUCUUGAUCGAAAAGGUAAAAGCCCAAAUAGGUUGGCAACAGUACCAAUCAUAUUUAGAGACCCUUGACACACAAAUCGAGGAAGCUUACUUGGCUAGAUUUCCUGAAAAGGAUAAAUCAAAAAUUACAAAGACCAAGAAAAACAAAAAACCGACGCCGUUACUUUCAGAAGUCGAGUCACUUCUUGACCAACGUAAAAAGCUGGUUGAAGGUAUUGGCGCUUCUUUUGCUCCGGAAGAAUAUUCUUUCACGCCUGGUAAAUUACUUUUUGACAAAGAGGCGCUUGCAAAAUUGUAGCAUUAUCUGGUCAGAUUAUAUAAUUGGCCCGUGUAUUCGUAAAUGAAUAUGAAGUUUCACCUUGAUAGUGGGACAAUAUAUAUAUUCUUUGAUAUUUCAGCAUGAAAUGCAUUUAGAGUAGUUAAUAUAUUAAUUUAGAGGUAAAAAGUUUGCAGGUUGAACUUUUACUUUUAAAAGUAUCAUGUAUAUACGCAUCAAUUAUGCAAUUUUUUUUUUUUUUUUUUUUUUUUUUU